CUGCCGUAAAUAGUUCCCACGAAGAAGCAUCCGGACUGGCGAGGAAUCCCGUUUAGGUAGUAAUGUUACCGGUUGACGGUUGUAAACAAACUCAGUCUGAACAUUGUACGUACUGUCUUGUGCUUGUCGUUUCACUACACAGCUGGUAAAACAGGCCGUGAGCUUCUUUGCGACAUGGUGCAGCUGCAUGUGAAGCGUGGGGAUGAGAGCCAGUUUCUUUUCGACACCACUGUGCACGCGCCUCUGGAGACGGUGAUCCAGGAAAUUACAGCCAUUUACAACGCGAGACUUAAAGUGGACAGAAUAUGUUCAGAGAUCCCAGAGCUGGUAGACCAUGGCAUCACACUGCCACCUAACAUGCAGGGGCUGACAGAGGAGCAGAUUGUGGAGCUGAACUUGAAUGAUGAAUGGGAAGACAAGUGCGUGCCCAGCGGAGGGCCAGUAUUGAGGAAGGAUGAGAUUGGGAGGAGGAACGGACAUGCUCCAAACGACAAGAUGAAAGAGGUGUUGAUGAGAACUGUGGAAGAGGCAAAGGCACUGAUCUCCAAAAAACAAGUUCAAGCUAACGUUUGUGUCACGAUGGAGACGGUAAAGGAAGCCCUGGAUCCGCUAAAGGGUGCUGUCAUGAUUGUGUACCCCAUGGGGCUGCCGCCUCAUGACCCUAUCAGGAUGGAGUUUGAGGACCGGGAAGAUCUUUCAGGAACACAGGCAUCUCUGCAGGUGAUCACAGAGGAUGAGUGCCAGCUAUGGUGGGCUGCCAAAGAGAUGCAGAGGGGGAAAAAACUGCAGGACUACAUUGGUAAAAAUGAAAAGACGAAGCUUGUGAUCAAAAUCCAAAAGAAAGGGCAGGGGGCACCAGGGAGAGAGCCUCUGAUCACUGAUGAGCAGCAGAAACAGAUGAUGAUGCAUCAAUACAGGAGACAGGAGGAGCUCAAGAAACUGGAGGAGGCAGACGAUGAUAGCUACCUGGACUCGGAGUGGACAGACAGACAGGCACUCAGAAAACAGUUUCAAGGCCUCACCAACAUCAAAUGGGGGCCCAGAUAAAGACCACGUACACCCAGAUUGGAGCUGCUGCUCUGACCUGGUCCUUUACCUAUAGCUAUUAUAUAUAUAUAUAUAUAUAUAUAUAUAUAUAUAUAUAUAUAUAACUAUAUUUUAGCUAUAUAUGCAACUGACUAUGAUGCCUUAUUAGCACAAUCCUAAAAUCUGGUUAUUAUUGAUGUUCUUCGAGGUCUUGCAGAGAAUAUUAUACACAGCAGAUGUGUUCAUAUGCCUUGGAGUACAUGCGUUUCUUUUUUUUACUGAACUAAAAUGUGAAGGAGACAUCUGGAGAUGUAUGACAGAGCAGUCACACGAAGGCUGAUGUAAUUAUAAACAUGAUUUAUUUGGAUUUCAAUUGUAUCUAUAUUCCUAACCCGAUUGCUUUCAACCUGUUGUAAGAGUUACAUUUCUAUUGACACUGUGCAAAUAGAAUAAAAUUUAAGUUUAAUCUAAACUUACUGUACAUUUUUAAUAUGUCAACAAAAUGAAAGUUUCCAAUGUAGCCUGUGUAUAA